GAGGCAUCUGUGGCCAGUAGGAUACAGCUCAUCCUCACCUCCCUCCGCUGGAGCAGAUGCUUCAGCCAAAGCCUGACCUGGGCAGUUGGCAACCUCCCUGGUAUCCCCGGAAGGAAGAGAGGCAGUGUCUGUCAGCAGCUGCCUCCGGUGCUGCCUGGAGCGCCUCUGCCGCCAGGGUCCCUGAGUCCCGGGUCCAGCCCCGCCUCCAGCGCGGUGCACCAGCUUGUGGCCCUGCUGAGACUCCCUGGGGCAGGACUGAACAAAGGUCCAGGCCCGCCCUGCUCCUCUCCCUGAGAGUGCCGGGAACGCGCCUGCAGGAACCGAGCACGUGCAGGACCGAGCUGCAGCGCGCGGGUAAUCCGAACCUGACAAAAUGUUUGCCAAAGCGACUCGGAAUUUCCUUAAAGAAGUCGAUGCUGGAGGGGACCUGAUCUCAGUCUCACACUUGAAUGACUCAGACAAGCUGCAGCUCCUGAGUCUGGUGACCAAAAAGAAGAGAUACUGGUGCUGGCAGAGACCCAAGUACCAGUUUUUGUCUGUCACCCUGGGAGAUGUUCUCACAGAGGGGCAAUGGCUCAGUCCAGUGGUUGUGGAGUCAGACUUCGUGAAAUAUGAAAGCAGGUUUGAGAACCAUACAAGUGGGAGCAUCGGGACAGUUGUGGGGAAGGUCAAGCUGAACGUUGGUGGCAAAGGCCUGGUGGAGGGUUGCUCGUCAUUCGGAACGCUGAGGAAGCAGGAAGUGGACCUGCAGCAGCUCAUCCAGGAUGCAGUCGGGAGAACAGUUAAUCUGGACAACCCAGUGCUCCAGCAGGUGCUAGAGAGGAGGAAUGAGGUCCUGUGUGUGCUGACACAGAAGAUUGUGACCACGCAGAAGUGUGUGAUAUCUGAGCAUGUGCAGACGGAGGAGAAGUGUGGCGGCAUGGUGGGGAUCCCGACCAAGACUGUGCAGGUGUCAGCAGUGGAGGACGGGACCAUCAUGAAGGACACCAGUGUGGUGCUGGAGAUCCCUGCUGCCACCACCAUUGCCUGUGGCAUCAUCGAGCUGUAUGUGAAACAGGAUGGCCAGUUUGAAUUCUGUCUCCUGCAAGGGAAACAUGGUGGCUUUGAGCACGAGAGGAAAGUUGACUCUGUCUACUUGGACCCCUUGGCCUACAGAGAAUUUGCAUUCCUGGACAUGCUGGAUGGGGGUCAAGAGAUCUCUUCCCAAGAUGGGCCACUGCAUGUUUUAAAACAAGCCUCUGUACACCUGGAGAGGAGCUUCCAUCCCUUUGCAGUGUUACCUGCAGAGCAGCAGAUGGCGCUGUCCCAUCUCCUGCAGAAAGUCCUGUUUGAUGAGGAACUCCUUAAGGCCCUGGAGCAAGUGUGUGAUGAUAUGGCUGGUGGCCUCUGGUCCUCGCAGGCUAUAUUGGCGAUGAAGGAGCUAACAGACAGUCAGCAGCAGGACCUCACAGCCUUCCUGCAGCUGGUGGGGUGCAGGGUACAGGGUGAGCGUCCUGGCCCGAAGGAUGAGGUCAGCAACCAGAAGCUCUUUGCAACAGCCUACUUCCUGGUCAGUGCACUAGCAGAAAUGCCAGAUAAUGCCACAAUUCUCCUGGGGAUGUGCUGUAAACUCCACAUUAUUCGUAUGCUGUGCUACCUGCUCGACACUCUGUCUGAUGACAGAGUAUGUGAUUUUGAAGACCCCACCUUGGCUCCUCUGAGAGAUACUGAGAGGUUUGAGAUUGUGCAGCGUUUGUUUGCCUCUGCUGACAUUGCCCUGGAGAGGAUGCAGUUGUCCAUCAAAGCCACCAUCCUGAAGGACUCUUGCAUCUUCCCACUAAUUCUUCAUAUCACUCUAAGUGGACUUUGCACUCUAAGCAAAGAACACGAGUAAUGUCUUUGUCUGUCAGAAGUAUGUGCUACUGGCCAAGGCUGGGUACUUUUUAGAACUGAGAAAAUACUUUUGGAUUUUGGGCUAAGAAUGUUGACUUUCCACACUGAUUUUGUGAAUGGUUUAUUUUUAUCAGAGGCAUGCUGUGCCAACAGACAGUGCCCCCUGGUGACCAUGGUAAUCCAAAAUCUGAGUCAUUGAGGGAAGAGUCAAGGGCUUUUUACUCGACUCAUCUGUCACCUGUUUUUUUAUAACAGGAGUGAGUGGAAAAUCAAAAGUCUGAGACUUCAACCUUCUUCUUAGGCUACGAAUGCUACAGGAAAGCAAUUUCUCUUCUUUCAGACAUGCUGGGAACUUCAAAUGCUACUUGAGUACAUGAAACAAAAUUAUAUUAAGGAUGUCUGAUUUUACCCACCUCAACAUGGGGAUUUAGAUAUAUUCCUUUUAUUUGACUUUGUUAUGCUUUGAUGAACAUUCUAUGUCUGGAACAAUUCCAGUGCAUUCUGGGAAUUUGUCACAUGUUGCAAUUUCUAUCAAAGGAAAUUCUAAACCAUGUAUAGUUUGCUAUUUAUUCUGUUUUGAUGUCCUUCUGCUUCAGCAGUCUUGGACAGUCUCCCCAAGCCUCCCGAUUCCACUGAAAGUAUUUGUUAUUGUAGAUCAGACCCAAUACCUCUGGGCAGAAGCAGUAGGGAGAUACAUGUUAGCAUGUAGUUUCCACCUCCUCUUUGCCCAUGAGGCCCCUUCAGAUUAUAAGGAAGAGUACCAAAAAUGAAGUAAAACGAGACUCCACCUCACACACACAGCUAUCUUUUACAGGGCUAAAGUUGUACCAGCAGCACUGCUCAGAAAUAAACUGAUCAUAAAUUAGGAAAGAAAUGCAAGUGUGUAGUUGCAUGAAGUUGGUACUGUGACUCGUCUAUUUCUAACAUCAGACACGAAGAGCAAGCUAUGGACAGAACAUAUAUGAAUCUACAGGCAGAAAACACACAUGUAUGGGCAUAGGAAUGCAUGUCUAGAGUUCAGGAGAAACCUAGCAGUGGUGCAUUGCAAUUCAGGGACUUUUGAGAUUGAAACAAAUGGCAAAAAGAGUUACUUCCUUUCUUUUAUAUUCUGGUUGGAGCUUUAUAUUAGCCUUCUCAUGAUGGGUCAUAUAAAAUAGAAAGUAUGAAAGGGUGACUGUUGUACAAGCAUGGGAUCCUCAGUUGGGUCCCUGGCACAUAUGUAGACUGCCAGGCAUUGUGAUCACCUCUGUGAUACCAUCACUGGAAGGCAGAGAUGCCAGAUUAGCCAACCAGCGAGCUGCAGAUUCAGUCAGAGAACCUGUAUGGGGGAGAAAAACAAAAAACCUGGAGAGCAAUAGAGGAGAAAUCUCUAGCCUCUACGUGCACAUCUGAACACACGCACACACACAAUGGGAAAAAAUAAACAAAAAAAUUCUUCUGGAGACACCAGAAACACCCUAAAGUAGCAUGUUCCUAAACACGAGGUACAGAAUCCUAGAAACCAGCAGGGGAGUUGCAAAGGACACUUCUGGAAAGCCUUCCUGCUGGACAAAGCCACACUACUGUGCUUUGGUGGGUGCCUGCCCUCUUCCUGCAGGCCCAGUGUGAAGCUGCAACCCACAGCAGGGCUGCUUGCUGAAACACAGGAUUUCUCUUUCCUGGGCAGAUGGGAAGUGGCCAGAGGGACUCAUGCUAUCUAAGCAGAGUCUUUGUUUCUUGAUUCUGGAUUUUAAUCUUCCCCAACUCUGAAAUCCUUUUCUAUGAAAGCCACCAUCAUGCACCCAGCCAGACUAGAAACAGCAGCAAAGGGAUCUUGGCUGAAAAGCAGAGGCAGGUGAAAAUUUAUUUAGGUGGAAAAAAUUUACAUCAAGGACUGAAAAAAUCCAUUUAAAUCAAAGCUAAUGCAAUAUCCUGCGGUUUUAUCUCUUAGUUCUACCUGUAAAUGAAACAUUGCCAAUUUUUCCAACAGCAAGUAUUUCUUUAAAUGCACAAAAAUAUUUUAUCAGGAAUAUGUAACCUCACAAACUGAAUACUGUAAUAAUUUAUAAUUGUAUGCAGAAAUAUGUUGAAAGAUUGUUUCUGAGACAUCAGUACUGUAUUAUAGGAAAUUAAUGUAUACAAGGACA